AUGUCGGCGUCGUCGUCUUCAACUACCACUACAACGACGACGUCCACAAUGACAAACACGGCGACAACGCAGCAAGGAACGUCAUCUAAUCGACGCACCCCAUCGUCUACAUCGUCUUCAUCGUGUCUCAUCAAGUGCUUCCUUAUGGAACGGCAUUGGCGACACCUUUUGUUCUCCUUAUCACUUCAUACCCUUAUCUACAUUCUUCUUCAUAUGUGUUUCCCUGCCAGAGAUCUUGCUCAAGCCUUCCUUGCCGAUAUCCUCAUUCUUCUUCUUGCUGCAUUUGGAACUGCUCGAAAACUGCCUCUUCUUAUCUUCCCAAGUGUUAUCGUUAAGUUCAUUUGUUUCUCGCUGUGUGCUGGUGUUGCCAUGUUGUCCUUAAGUGAGACGAGUAUCAAUAUGAAAACAAAAGAGGCGAGGAUGGAAUUCAGACGACAGAGAAAUUAUCCCGAAGUUGUAAAUAUCACUUUCGAAGAUCAUCCGACAGUUUGUAUCUGGAUUCACGCAAUGGCUGUUGUGGUUGCGCUGGAUUUGAAUAUCGGAUUGAAAGCGUUUUACAGCUCAUUCGAUUGCAUGAAAAAACCUGUUGUAGAGGAAGAGAAACCCCCAUCAUACACUGUUUGCGUAACGAAUUCCUCUCAAUCAGCACUUCCACCCACUUAUGAAGAAGCGUUAGAAGCCCGAAAAAACAUGCAAUCUCAAAUUGUUCCGUCAAGGAAGAAUCAACGAAAUUCUGGUAUUUUCGUUGUGUAG